AUGGGAAAGAAGAAGGUCCUCGUCGGGUAUGGGGUAGACAUCGAUGCCGUGGCUGGCUGGCUCGGCUCUUACGGCGGCGAGGACAGCACGAGCGACAUCAGCAGAGGACUCUGGGCGGGCACGAUCGGGACGCGGCGGCUGCUGAAGCUGUUCGAGAAGUACGGGAUCAAGGCGUCGUGGUUCAUCCCGGGGCACUCGCUCGAGACGUUCCCGGAGGAGUGCGCGAUGGUGCGGGACGCCGGCCACGAGAUCGGCCUGCACGGCUACUCGCACGAGAACCCGGCCGACAUGACGCUCGAGCAGCAGCGCGACGUCCUCGACAAGACCUACCGCCUCCUCACCGACUUCUGCGGCGGCAAGCCCCCGCGCGGCAGUGUCGCCCCCUGGUGGGAGACCAGCAAGGAGGGCACCGAGCUCCUGCUCGCCUACGGCAUCGAGUACGACCACUCCAUGUCCCACGAGGACUGCCAGAUGUACUGGCUGCGCACCGGCGACUCCUGGACCAAGCCAAACCGCCCUCUAGGAAGAGCAGAAGACCUCCUCGAGGACUUACCGCUCUUGUCUCCCUUCUCCCGCUGGUCCUUCUGGCUCCGCACUGACGGUGGCGACGCGCCAACUAGGAUCGACUACUCGAAGAAGGCCGAGGAAUGGAUGAAGCCGCUCGUCCGGGGCCAGCCGACGGGCAUGGUGGAGAUCCCCGGGUCGUGGUACAUCGACGACCUGCCGCCGAUGAUGUUCAUGAAGAACUCGGCCAACUCGCACGGCUGGGUCAACCCGCGCGACGUCGAGGACAUCUGGCGCGACCACUUCGACUACUUCUACCGCGAGUACGACGAGUUCAUCUUCCCCAUGACCAUCCACCCGGACGUGUCGGGGCGGCCGCACGUCCUGCUCAUGCACGAGCGAAUCAUCGAGCACAUCAACAAGCACGAGGGUGUCGAGUGGAUGACAUUUGCCGAGAUGACCGACUACUUCAAGAGCAAGAACAACCCCCCCGAGGGCGCCAUGAUGCCGGCGCCGCCGGGCGAGAUCCUGAAGAAGAAGUAG